UCAGGACUGAACAAGACGAGACUGAUACAGCAGAAGAGAAAAGAUCCUGAGGACAUCAUCUAGAGUUUCACCGGUGAAGGCUCGUGUUAGUUCCCGUGUUGGUGUUUACUGAGUGGUCAGCCUCCAGAGAGCUGUCACGCUGUAGGUUCAGCUGAAAGUCCGGCGUCCUGCAGAACCCUCAGUGUUCCUCCUCCCCACAACCUUUGAACUAAGCUGUUAUUGUGUCUUACCUGAAACAGACUCUGAUCAAAACCCUGAUUUACUUCUCAAUAUCUGAUACCAGCAACCAGACAUCAAAUAUGGCACAAUUUCAUUGUUCCUAUCAGAGGAAUGAAGACAUGAAAAAACAACUGAAUGAAAUCAGUAGAACCAGCAGAUCAAUAAAAGGAUUCAUCACCAGAUAUAUUCUAAACACCAGAACUGUACUUGAUGGUGAAAAUGUGAAGAGAGUGGCAUUUGGAGAAAAACAGAAGAACAAACCUCAUAAAACCAUAUUAAUAGUUGGAGAAACUGGAGUGGGGAAGUCGACUCUCAUCAACUCCAUGGUCAACUACAUGCUGGGUGUCGAGAGUGAAGACAGAAUCUGGUGUGAGAUCAUAGAGACUAAAGAAAAACAAUCUGUUUCUCAGACUCAUGCAGUCACAGUGUAUGAUGUGUUUACUGAACACUGCCCAUUCUCUCUGACCGUCAUCGACACACCGGGAUUCGGAAGCACAGAAGGAAAAAAGGAGGAUUUGAGUGUUGCUGAAAGUUUACUUGAGUUAUUUAAAUCUACAGAUGGAGUUCAUGAACUUGAUGCAGUGUGUCUGGUGGUGACAUCCAGCACUGUUCGACUCACUGAUAGGCAGCACUAUAUUUUUAAUGCAGUUCUCUCUUUGUUCGGCCGUGACGUGGAGAAAAACAUUGUCCUGUUCAUCACACAUGCUGCCAAAAAACCUAAUAAUGCCAUUAAAGCCAUCAAGGAAUCCAAAGUCCCAUGUGCCCUGACUGCUGAAGGAGAUCCCGUGUAUUUCAGGUUCGACAACAGUCACUGUGAAGACUUUGACGAUGACGAAAUAUCAGAUGAUUAUCAAGCAUCAUGGAAUCAGUUAAACACAACCAUGGAGAACUUUCAGACCUUUCUGCAAGAAAUUAAACCCAUAAACCUGAAGAUAACUGAGGCAGUGCUGAAAAAACGCAAACAACUGACCGCAUCCAUCUUCAAUAUACAGGAUAAGAUCAAACUGACGGAACUGAAACAGAAAGAGCUCGAGCAGACAAAAGAGGCUUUACAGGAACAUGAGAAAGGAAAAAGAGACAGUAAUAACUUUGAGUGUGUAGUAGAUGAGGCCUAUAAACAAAAAGUACCACUAGAAUAUAGGUGGUGGCACUUUGGACAGAAAGAGGCCACUUGCUGUAGAGUCUGUGAGGAGAACUGUCAUUACCCAGGAUGCUGGUGGGUCAGAAAUCUCUCCUGGUGUAGUGUCAUGAACAGUAGUGGGAAGUGCACAGUGUGUACUGGAAAGUGUCACUACACUAAACAUGUUAAAGAGGGGAAAAUCUAUGUGGUGAAGACAAGGAGGGUCAAGAAGACUAUGGAAGAUCUGAAAAAGAAAUACGAGACAAAGUCUGGAGAGAUGAAGAGCUUGAUGAGUGGAAUAGAGAAUGACAUGCGUGAGCUGGAAAAAGAGCAAAUCAGACUGGUGGAAGAGUGUUAUGACUGUGUUAUCUUGAUGGAGGAGAUUGCCUUGAAGAGUGACUCUGUGUUUACGCUGCAGCAUCUGGACUUUCUGAUUGAGAAAGUGAAGGAAACAGGAAACACAGAUCGAGUGCAGAAACUUCAAGGGAUGAAAAAAAGAAUGGAGGAAAAUUCAGCAAAGGCGUUUUCUGUUUUUAAAUCCAUGCAGUAAAUAAUGCACUAAAUCUGUCAUUUCUUUUAAAGUUGUGAAAUUUUCUCUAUAUUGGCCUAUCACACCGAACCCUCUAACAUAAUACAACAGUAACAAUAUCACUAAAUAUAACUGUAAAUUAAUAACAUUCAUUAUAUAUUCAUCAGGAUCAUUUUAAUUCCAACAGUUAAUGAACAUAAAAUAAGAGCAAUGAUGAUCUUACAUCAGUCCUCUUCAUUAAAACUUCCAGUCCAGUGAUUAUUAGUGAAUUUUAGCACAGGAUUUGUUUGCCUCUGUUAGGAGGUUCAUAUGUGGCAGUAGAUUCACCUAUCAUUAUGUAAUCAUUUAUUUUCACACGAUCUGGUCAUUAAACAUGAAUCUCAAACAAGCUUGUGCAGCUUCUCACAGUUCUGUAUGUAUAGAUUGCUGUCCUUUCUCUCUGUAACAUUUGUGUACUCUGCAUGUGUACUUGUGUGCUAGAUUUAUAUACCACAGUUACUGCAUGAACUUUAAUGAAUAUAAUGAAUGAACAUAUAAUGAAUCUUCUUGACUGACUGGAUAAAUGUACACGUGUUCCUAUUAAUGUGGCAGUGAGUGUUAAUAAACUAUAUGUUUCAAGUUUA